UCCGUCGGCCGUGUGAGAGCGCUGCUGCUGGCACCGCUGUUCCCGUUGACGACGACGCCGCCGCCGCCGCCGCCCGCCACGUUGUGGACGCCCGACGACCACACGGAUGGAUAUCCGCGGUGGACGCGAAAGGCGGCCGGGCGACAGGCGUCCGCACAGAGGCCCUCGGGCACCUAGGCGGCCGCAGUUGUCGCCCGACCUACAGCAACGUGUCGUGGUCGGAGCCGAAACGGCGGCCGGUUCGACGGCCGCUGCCGUCCCUUACAGACCGCCGCCGCCUCGAUUGCUACCAUCACCCAGAUUGCCAUUGCCACAGCCACUGCCGCCGCGAUUGCUACCGCCACAGAUUUCAUCAUCGCCGCCGCCACUUCCACCUCCAAAUUUGCUGGUGACGAAACAGCCACAGCCGCCGACGGAGAGGUUACCGGUGACAGUGCCACAGCCGCAACAGGAAUACCGAGUACGGGAAUCCGGCGACGGAGUGGAAGACUGCGGACCGGUCGCCGGAGGAAGCGGCACCGCCGACGACUCCGAACUGCUGGCCAAACUCCGGUGUCCAAGCGAGAGCGCCGAGGUGAUCGCCGAACGAGAGAAACGACGACAGCGACGACGGUGCCCCGAUUAUCCCGGAUUGGCGCUUUCCAGUUCCGUAUUCAGCACGGAAACGGGCAUGAAGUUCAGCAUCAUCAGGAACGAACUACACAACGUGCUCAAGCCGCAACUGCGACGGGCUGAAAGUGAAGUUGCUGCACUUAACAGGCGUAUCCAAUUGUUGGAAGAAGACCUUGAAAGGUCUGAAGAGCGCUUGGCCACGGCCACUGCUAAGUUGGCCGAGGCGUCUCAAGCUGCUGAUGAAUCUGAACGGAUCCGAAAAGCGUUGGAGAACCGAACAAAUAUGGAGGAUGACCGAGUAGCCAUUCUCGAAGCUCAAUUGGCACAAGCCAAACUUAUUGCCGAGGAGGCUGACAAAAAAUAUGAGGAGGUCGGCCGUAAAUUGGUCAUGAUGGAACAAGAUUUGGAAAGAGCUGAAGAAAGAGCUGAACAUAGCGAUGCCAAAAUCGUGGAAUUGGAAGAAGAAUUGCGUGUUGUUGGUAACAACUUGAAAUCCCUCGAAGUUUCGGAAGAAAAGGCCACACAAAGGGAAGAAACAUUUGAGGAACAAGUGAAAGGUCUCGGAGCACAGCUCAAAGAGGCUGAGGCUCGCGCUGAGUUCGCCGAGAGAUCGGUGCAGAAAUUGCAGAAAGAAGUUGACAGGCUCGAAGAUGACUUAACUGGCGAAAAGGAAAAGAACAAACAUCUGCAAGAGGAAAUGGAGGCCACCCUGCACGACAUUCAAAACAUAUGAGUUGGUCGCCGAAAAGGAGAGAUUCAGAGACAUUGGCGACAGCUUGGACCUUGCGUUUGUCGACUUGUAUGGCAUCUAAACACAAACACACAUACAUACACACACUCAGACCUCCUCCUUUCCCGACACACGAUUUCACUCAAUUUUAUCCAUUUCCAUCGUCUCUGUCUCUGACCCUACUCCAGCUACCACACACUACAUUCCCUUUAUAAACAAAACACAAAACAAAACAAUAAAAUAUAAUUUUAAUAAUACAGUGCUACUAACACCGUGUCCACGCGUCAAAUUUUUCGACACAAAACUUGUAACUUUUAGUUUAUUUUAGUGAAUUACCUAUACCUAAAUUUUAUUUUUAUUUUUAUUAUUUAUUUAUUUAAUUUUUGUUUUGCAAUGUAUUGUAUUUCAUAGCUUACUGAUUUUACAAUAUUUUUUCGGCUUUGUUUUUACGCUUGUAGAAAAAUUGUAUUGAACGCCGUAGGUGUGACUUGACUACCCCGAAGUCAAUAAUUAAAAAUAAAAUUGUAACGAUUAUUUUUCUAUGAUAACUUUUUUCUCCGCCUGAGUGAAAUCGUAAAAUGUCUAUUGAUACUUUGUACCGGCUGUGGCGUCACGCGUCCCUAAAAUGUUUUUUUUUUGUUCUUCGGAAAACACGUCUGUUGAAUAUAAUUAAUUUUUAUCCAAACGUUAUUAUUAUUUAUAUAUACGCUUAGUUUUUAUUUAUAUAACAUUAAAAAAAAACCAUAACCUAACUUUUGUCUAACUGUAUAUGUCUAUUUAAAAAAAAAAAAAUGUAUUUUUGUGAUUUAUAUAGAGCUUGUAUUGUUUUCGUUAUUAGUCAAAUAACCAACGA